UUAGAUAUGAAAGGUGAGAAGAUGGAGGAGCUAAGAGCAGUAUAUUGGUAAUGUGAUAAUUGUCUGUACAUCUAAUUUAUCUCCCAAAACAGUUGACCUUUGUGUUUUCUCUGGGAAACACUUGAGAAAGACACCACACCUCACCAAUCUUCAAUUUACAAAAUAAACAACAACUACAAACGCGUCUCUUUAAUUCAUUCACAUUAUUAAACUCAAAUUCAAACUCAAACUACAACUCAAACGCAACCAAAACGAUGUCGUUAGAGGAAGAGGAAGAGGCUUUCGAGCACACGCUACUGGUGGUACGCGAAGUCGCCGUCUACAAGAUCCCGCCGCGCACUACCUCCGGCGGCUACAAGUGCGGCGAGUGGCUUCAAUCCGAUAAGAUCUGGUCGGGACGCCUCCGGGUAGUAUCACGCCGGGACCGAUGUGAGAUCCGGUUAGAAGAUCCAAACUCCGGCGAUCUCUUCGCCGCGUGCUUCGUCUUCCCCGGUCAGCGUGAGGGUUCUGUAGAACCGGUUCUCGAUUCGUCUCGUUACUUUGUCCUUAAGAUCGAAGAUGGUCAAGGUAAGCACGCAUUCAUUGGAUUAGGGUUCACGGAGAGGAAUGAAGCUUUUGAUUUCAAUGUUGCGUUAUCUGAUCAUGAAAAGUAUGUCCGGCGAGAGCAUGAUAAGGAGUCCGGUAACGCCGAUGCCGGAGAGGACUCUCAGAUCGACAUUCACCCUGCUGUAAAUCAUAGGCUCAAGGAGGGGGAAACCAUCAGGAUUAAUGUGAAGCAUAAGGUGGCUGGUGGAGCUGGCAUGCUUUCCGCUGCUGGCCUAACGGGUGUGCAUGUUGCAACACCAAAGCCGAAAGUAUUAAACCUUGCUCCCCCACCAAGUGGUACAGGGAAAAUCAGAUCUGCUCUUCCACCGCCACCAAAUGAUCCUGUUGCUGCCCGGAUUGCUUCUACCACUCUCGGAUCUAGUGUUAAAGGGACACACGAAGGCGAGAGACAUAGUACUAAUGAUUCUCUAUCCGAUCUUUCUCAAUUACAGAAGAAUCUUCCCUCGUCAACUACUCCUGGGUCAACCGCUGCUUCAGGAUGGGCAGCCUUCUAGGCUUUUAUUAUUCUCUGAUUUAUUUUUGGAAUUCAUCAUUUUGAGAAAAGAAAUAGUGGAGGAAGCGGAAGAAAGAUGUGUGUCGUAAGUAUAGUUGGCGCUAGAUACUGAGUGAUACUGAGUAAUCUGAUUGCUCGAGGAAUGUCCUGGAAAUAUUAAUGUUUUCCUUGGUUUGUAAUAACAGGUUUCUAUAUCCAUAUAAAAGUAAUUUCUCCCUUGAUUUCUCCCAA